UGGCUGACGGUCGCAGUUAGCGCGCUAUCACGACGGAGCACAUUCUGAGCUUAGGGCUCAGAUUUUAUUUUUGGACUGCCAUGGAGACUGGCCCUUCCAUUUGUAGGAAGGGGGUAGAGUUGCGCUCAACAUGAGCCUUCCGCUCUGACACUCCGGGCUGGGACAAGCAGGCAGCAGCCUGCCGACCCCCAAGCAGCAGUCACACAGGGGACUCCCCUGUCCGGGCGUGUUUGUCAACUGUAUUAAGCAUUACCUGGGGGUUAAACUGCUCAUGGCUGCCAGUUAUAGCAAUGUCACUGAACCAGGCCUGCUGUCCCAGCAGUACCCUCCAGCUCUACUGCCCAAGCCUGGCAAGGAAAAUGUUAGACUCCAGAAACUACUCAAGAAAACAGAGAAAAAAAUCAAGAAAAAAGCUUCCCCUGAAACGGCAAAGACACCGGUCCCUUUCCGCUCAAACCUCUCCCCUGUGAAUGAAGCAAGCCCUGACUUGGAACACAGUGAUCACUCAACCCCUCCUAAAACCCCAGAGGCACCCUUCUACACACAGCACCCUAGAUUCGCUGUCAGGCCAGCCUAUCGGCAUGUGCCAUCCCCUUACCCGCAACAACAAGGAGCAACUUUUGGUGGUACAACAAGGUUCUCCCCAAAGCCAUAUGCUGCUCCAGGACCCACCUUCCCCCAGCAUGUGGCCCCACUCUACACAUUUACUCCAACAGCCCCAUCACCCAUUCCAGGGCCAGUCUCACAUGCAGUGGCACCCACAACUCCUGUGCCAACUUCCUCUGUGCCUGAAGUGACAAUCACAACUGCUGCUCAAAUUGCUCCUCCAGUCCCUGCUCCAGUUGCUCUUGUCACAGUCACUUCUGCUGCCACACAAUCUACUCUGCGACUAGCCCCAGUAGUAAUACACCGCAAAAGUCCAAGUCCACGGUUUAAAGCUACCGAAGCUACACUAAAAGCACCCAAACCGAUGUUUGAUGUCCGUCAAAUUCGGGUAUAUACUGCAUCUAAGUCCCCCCUGCAUGAUUACACUGGAAAGACAUUUACUGCAGACACAUUACCUCGGAGUAGAACACCCACAUCAGACAUCAGAAGGGUAAUAACACCAACAGCUGAAAUCAGAAGGAGUGCAACACCGGCAUCUGAAGUGAAAAGCAAUUUAACUUCGACAUCAGAAAUCAAAAGAGUUGCAACGUCUAAAAUGAAUCAAGGUACAACGCCGACAUCGGAAAUCAAAAGAAGUUUAACACCGACACCUGAAGUUAAAAGGAGUGCAACACCUACAUCUGGGGUAAAAAGAGGUUUAACGUCCAGACCUGAAAUCCAAAGGAGUACAACGCCUACAUCUGGGGUAAAAAGAGGUUUAACGUCCAGACCUGAAAUCCAAAGGAGUGCAACACCUACAUCUGGGGUAAAAAGAGGUUUAACGUCCAGACCUGAAAUCCAAAGGAGUGCAACACCUACAUCUGGGGUAAAAAGAGGUUUAACGUCCAGACCUGAAAUCCAAAGGAGUGCAACGCCUACAUCUGAAGUGAAAAGAGCUAAAACGCCAACUCAUGACUUUUUAACACCAAGAACUAAUUUAGGUCGACCUAAGACACCCUCAUAUCGUGUGUCCCGUGCCAAAACACCUGUUAUUGAAAUAUCAAGACCCAACCCACUUUUAUUUGCUGUCUCACCCAUUACUAUAGAUGCACAUAGAUCUAAAACACCAACACCUGGUUCUAAUUCUGCCAAUCCAUCUUUGUCUGGUUCUCAAAAUCUGCCAAUGUCUGAGCCUUCAAAAUCCCCAUCAAAUAGUCAGGGUGCAAGAACUCCAAAUGGGGAAGUGACAUCAAAAGAGACUCCUACACCUAAAUCACCUCCUGAAAACACUUUAAAACCAGAGGCUCCUCGACAAAAAGCUCUAAUAGUUGAGUCUACCAGACCAAAGACCUCUACAGCUUCAUUAGGCUAUCAAAGACCAAAGACCCCAACAAAUGUCACAACAACUCCCACAGAACCCUCAUAUCAAAGACCCAAGACUCUAACCAAAGAAACACUAAAGCCUACAGCACACUCAUAUGGGUACCAAAGACCCAAUACUCCAACAAUUAUCACACUAAAGCCUACUGCACCCUCCUAUCAAAGACCCAAGACUCCAACAAAAAAAACACUAGAGCCUACAGAACCCUCAUAUGGGUACCAAAGACCCAAGACUCCAACCAAAGACACAUCAAAAUCUACAGCAUCCUCAGAUGGGUAUCGAAGGCCCAAGACUCCAACCAAUGAGACACCAAAGCCUACUGCACCAUCAUAUGGAUAUCAAAUUCCCAAGACACCCUCGAAUGAAGAGCCUAAACCAAUGACUCCAACAAUCGGGUAUCAAAGGUCAACAACACCAGUAGUUGGGUAUCAAAGACCACAACCACCAGCAGGUUAUCAAAGACCAAAGACUCCCACAGCUGGGGUAUCAUCCAUUGGAUUUCAAAGGCCCAAUACACCAACAUAUGUGGCCCCUAAAUCAACCCAUACAUAUUAUGGGUUGACUCCUGCUGCAUAUGUUGCCCAUGGUGGAAUCCAACGUGUCUCACCUUCAUUCGGCAUAUCCAGGUCUAAGACGCAUGCUCUAGAGGAAUCUAAAACCACAACGCAAGGGUUGGAAGCAUCUAACAUACCUACCCAAGAGUUACUUGUAAAAACACUUCCUUUGCCCAUGGUGUCCAACCAGGAAGCAUCCUUCAAAGAAAAAAUCCAUUUAAAUGAGGCCAUAAUAUCCACGACUCCAGCAGAUAAGCUUCUGCUUCCAAUAAUUGUUGUUACACAAGCUGAAGAUGUCUCAGAACCAAGCGUAUCCAUAGCUGUAACCAGCAAAAUGGCAACUCCUGUUUCAGAAACACCAAAGGUUAAAACUGUGGCCAACACAAGACCAUGGGCUAAAUCUCCAACACCCGAGACUAAGAAACCAGAGGUUAAAACCCCAACUCAUGGAGUCAUCCCAAAACCAAAGACACCCACCACAGAAACCCAACACCCUGUGCCUUCUGCUGCAAACAAAGAUGCCAGCAAGACAAUACCUCCUGUCUCAAAAACAGAAUCUCCUGUGGCUAAAGCCAGGGUACAACAAGAAGAGUUAAAGGAAUCACCAGAGCCUAAAACGCCCACCAAAGCAACCUCUGAGUCUAAACCAGCAGGGGCAAAGCCGACUACUUCUUCUCCACUUGGAAAGACCUCAGCUCCUGAGAAGCCUUCGGUGGCUGUUCAGUCUCCGGCUAAGCCAAAGGAUAACCAAGAAGCCCAACCUGAAAAGGUGGUGUCAGCUCCAUCCACACCAUCAACAGAGAAGGAAGAGGGAAAAGACUCUUUCCCAGCAGCUGCACCCCUUCUUAAAGUGAUCCAAAAGCCAAAGGGCAUGAUGAAGUCUAAACUCAGUGGUUGGUCACGGCUCAAGAAGCAUAUGGUGGUGGAAGAAGAACCACCUACGUUCCCAGAAUCAAAUCCUAUGAAAGACACUGCAAAGGGAACUGAGCAGGAGGGAGGUGAAGCGAAACCGGAUGAAACGGUGUCAUUUAAAGACAUGGUGGCAGCUGUAACGGCUGACGAUCCUCCCAAGGCAGCGAAGAAGUGGGAUUCUCUUCUCUUUGAUAUGUUCUCCUCUAAAGAGAAGAUUAUGCAGGUGAUUGAAGCUAGCAAAAGUGAGGAGGAGAAAAAAGAGCAGCCAAAGGAUGCACCAAAAGAAAUUCCAUCCUUCGCCCAUCGUCUGCCUGUCCUCCUUUUCAGCCCAAAGUUUGAUGCCAAAAGGCUAAGAGAGGCUGCAUCAAGGCCACUUACAAAAAUUUCGACAGUAUUUGAGAUGGGUCUCAUAGGGCGUAAAAAUAAAGAUGAGGAACCAAAAGACUUUAACAGAACAGCUAGAGGGUUCACCUGUCCUUAAACCAUGUCUCUUUGGACUGGUAAAGAUGAAACAGAAGAACAUUUUGAAAAAUUCUGUUAAAUGUUUUGUGUACAGGUGUAGACAUAGUAGUCAUAAUGUACAGGUCCUGUGUAAUAGUCUCUCUGCUUGACACAGGGUACAAUAUUUAAGACGGUCUCUUAGGGAAUGUGGUCUGAACUUGACAUCUGACUACGUUACGGAUGUGUCUGAAUGUCUCUUUCUCUGACAGUAUGAAAAUAUUACCUUGAAAAUCAGAGCAGAAGGAAAAAUAUAUUUUUGUCUUAAAGGAAUUCAGACAUCUCGUGAGAUUAAAAUGUACAAAGAUUAAGUAAAUCUCAGAGCUUCUUUUUUGUCCACUGUUAAACCAUGAUAGGAGAAUGAAUGACUUUUGCAGACCUCCACACAUCUUUUUUUAAAAUGUGGUCCUGAGACUGUAGUGUAAUGCAUUUAGGCACACCACCUACUGAAAACUAGACUGAACAGUAUAUUGAUGCAGGAUUUGGUUAUCGGAAGAAAUCUGACUCCAGGGGAUUCAGAGUAAUGUAACCAAAUAAGGAUGAAAAAGGAAGAGAGAAUGAAAGUAGAAGGAGAGUAUAUUUCUCCAAAUGGUGCUAUUUCCGUACGUUUUUCAAAUACACUUUAGAUAUUCAGGCGCUUCUUAGAAGGUAGAAUGUUUGAUGACACUACAUAUGCUAAUGCCAGCUUUGCCAUCUUCUUUUUUAGGUGUACAGGUCAUUGAGAGUGUUAUUUGAGAUCUUGGGUUGCUAACUCCUGGGGGAUGAGGAAACUAUAUGAAGGAAGUGUUUGACCUUUGGCAUGGAUGGAUGAGGGGUCAGCGGGAGGCCUUGUGGGAUAUGGAGGCAAGUGAUGAUAAAUGCGAAGAAAAAUGUAUACAGUAAGUACUUAGGGCAGAUUCCUAAUUUGAGAUCCACAAAUUUCCCAAUUGACAUCAAUGCAGGAUUAACGUGAGAGUUAAAUUUAGCAUGUUUCACAGAGUUUUCAAAUAUGCAGCUUUCAAACGAGGUACCCAGAAGAGUCAAGAGCUGAGAGUGACAUUUGACCUUAAGGUUCUCUAGGUUCUUGUUAUUGAUGCUUUACGUUUGUGUUUCAUGCAUGGACUAUAUAAAAAGAUUAAGAACA